AUGGGUCGCAUGACCGUCGAGGACAAAUGGCGCCCAAGCAACGGCCGGGGUCCUAAACUCGGCCAAGAUCCUCGCCCGGCCUCGAGUGGGUUAGGUACAUCAGCCGGGUACCAUCCUCAGCAGCAACUUCGCCAUCGAUCAAGCUACGACAGCUACAUCCAGUACCGUGGGCCUGUGGCUCGGGGACCCCCCACAGUCACCCAGGGCCCCAGCCUGAGCGACAGCUACUACCGACAGCAGCUUCUGGAUGUCCAGCAACAGCAAUGGGAGCAGCAGGGAUAUUACUCUCCCGACGCUGUUCAGCCAGGUCUUGUUCGGAGCCACAGCCGUAGUCGGAGUGUGCACGCCAACGGGAACACGCCUUAUCGUGUCCUGCACAGUUACAACUCGCCUGCCUAUCGUAACGUCCCGAUCUGGGGUUGA